UUAAAAUAGAAAUUAAAGGAAGAGAGUAAAUAUAAAAUAAAUGCAGACGAACAGUACAACAAAUACACGAAAAAGGAAUGACAGAUAUGUCGCGAAUCGUAAGGAUUCUAAAAGACGUAAACAAUUUGUGUUGGAACCCGGUAUGACAGGAUUUCUAUGCACGUGUAACUUUCACGAGAGAGGCUGCAUCAUCGAGGCCUAUAGAUUGCUCAAUUUGUUUGCGGAUGAGAAAUCAGACAUUCAUAAGGAACCUGAAACGGCAAUAAACACCCUUGAUAAAAAAGAAACUGUUAAAUCUUUAGAGGACAUUGAUGACGAUGAAGACAUAUCAACUGCUCUAGAGAAAGAAAUCAAUGAACUCAAAACUGAGUGUGAGAUGCCAUUGUCUUCUCGAAGAUUUCAAGUAGUAGAUACAGGUGUCAAAAAUAUGAUUUUUAUAACAAGUACCUUACCAAAUCCAUUAGAAUUGGUUACCAAAAUUGUCUCUAAACUAGAUACAACCAAAGAACAAUGUACUAGAUACUUAUUAAGAUUACUUCCAAUUGAAGUUGUCUGCAAAGCAUAUAUGGAUAACAUAAAGACAAAAGCAAAUAAAUUGUUUGAAAAGUAUUUUGCUCAAGAACCUAAGACAUUCAGCAUUGUGUUUAAUCGUCGCAGCAAUAACAGCAUUAGAAGAGAUGAAAUCAUUGAAGAUUUGGCAGAUAUAAUAUUGAAAAAAAAUCCAGGUAAUAAAACAGAUUUGAAAAAUCCAGACAUAGCUGUAAUUGUCGAAGUAAUACGUGGAAUUUGCUUACUCUCUGUUGCUCCUAAUUACUACAAAUUUAAGAAGUACAAUCUUCUCGAAAUAUGCAACAAUACAAAAAAUAAGGUAAUCUCUAAGAAAGAUUUAGCAAAUGAAGAAAAUACCGAUACAAUUAUAUCAGGUACAGAAAUACAAGUCAAGUGUACUGAUAAUAAUAAAAAUUUGGAUGUACAACUUGAAGAAAAAAAACAAGCCAACUAA